AAAAAAGCAGCUGGAAAAUUGCCAGAAAGGCCUGUUGAAUUAGCGCAAAAUGAAGGCUUAUCUGAUCCAAAUAGAAAGAGGUUGUUAGCAGAGAUGGAAAGACACGCUAAUAAGCUGAGGAGGAGAUAUGAACUAGAGACUUAUAAUGCUAGAAGAAGCAAUUUCAAGAGAUUUGCAACGGAUAGGAUGAUUGGCCUCGGUCGUCACCGACAUGCUGUGGAUCCAGCGGUCUUUGAACAAGAAGAAGCCGUAAGAGUAUGAGCAGGAAUAGGCU